CAGGCGUCACACGCCUCCGCACCGGUCCCGUGUCCCCUUCAGCCAGUCGGUGCAGGCGGCGCGGGGCUGCCAGCUCGCCCGGAAGAAGGCGCGGGCAUGGAGCCCGCUGCGGUCGAGCCCGAGGCCCACGCCGCUGCCUAGGGCUGCCGGGUGGGCUGGGCGAGAGCGCUCCGAGGGCGACGGGCCCGGCCGCGCGGAUGGCCCUGCGCCCGCGGGCCGCACUAGUCGUCCUGCUGGUGCUGGCGGCGGCGGCGGCUGUCGGGGGUCAGGAGCCGGAGCCCGAGCAGAGCCCGGACUGGCGGGCCACGCUGAAGACCAUCCGCAACGGCAUCCACCGCAUCGACACCUACCUGAACGCCGCGCUGGACCUACUGGGCGGCGAGGACGGCCUCUGCCAGUACAAGUGCAGCGACGGAUCGAAGCCUUUACCGCGCUAUGGAUAUAAACCUUCCCCACCAAAUGGAUGUGGCUCUCCAUUGUUUGGCGUUCAUCUCAACAUAGGCAUCCCCUCCCUCACAAAGUGCUGCAACCAACAUGACCGGUGCUAUGAGACGUGUGGCAAAAGCAAGAACGACUGCGAUGAGGAGUUCCAGUACUGCCUGGCCAAGAUCUGCCGCGACGUGCAGAAAACGCUAGGGCUGGCUCAGCACGUUCAGGGUAAGGAACAAAACAUGACAGAAACAGAUGCCUUGUACAGAAGGGACAUGUUUGAUCCAGAAGAAAAAUAUAAGAUGGACCACAAGAGGAGAGGAAUUGCCCUAAUCUUCAAUCAUGAGAGAUUCUUCUGGCACUUGACUCUGCCGGACCGGAGGGGCACCUGUGCAGAUAGGGACAACCUCACUCGCAGGUUUUCAGAUCUAGGCUUUGAAGUGAAAUGCUUUGAUGAUCUUAAAGCAGAAGAACUUCUGCUUAAAAUUCAUGAGGUAUCAACUGCAAGCCACGCUGAUGCCGACUGCUUUGUGUGUGUUUUCCUGAGCCACGGCGAAGGCAAUCACAUUUAUGCUUAUGACGCCAAGAUUGAAAUUCAGACAUUAACGGGCUUGUUCAAAGGAGACAAAUGUCAGAGCUUGGUUGGAAAACCCAAGAUCUUUAUCAUUCAGGCAUGCCGGGGAAACCAGCACGAUGUGCCUGUCAUUCCUUUGGAUGCCGUGGACAAUCAGACAGACCGGCUAGACAACGUAACAGAGGUCGAUGCGGCCUCGGUGUACACGCUGCCGGCUGGAGCCGACUUCCUCAUGUGCUACUCGGUAGCCGAAGGGUACUACUCCCACCGAGAAACUGUGAAUGGCUCCUGGUACAUUCAGGAUUUGUGUGAGCUGCUGGGGAAAUACGGCUCAUCUUUGGAGUUCACUGAGCUCCUCACGUUGGUGAACAGGAAGGUGUCCCAGCGCCGCGUGGACUUCUGCAAGGACCUGAGCGCCAUCGGCAAGAAGCAGGUGCCAUGCUUUGCCUCCAUGCUCACCAAGAAGCUUCAUUUCUUGCCCAAAUCUAGGAAGUAGGGGCUGUUUGGUUUUAUCUAUUACCUUUUAUACUGAUACCAGGUUGAAUCGCAUAUGACCCCGCGAUUUUUACGUUUCCGGGUCAGGGUUUAAUGCCUAGCAGCAAAGUGCCUUUUUUUUUAGUUCAUGGCAAAAGGGUUUGAAACAAAGUCCUCAGGAAAUACCAUACAUACCUAUCUAUAAGCAUUUGUAGUGUUUUUUUAGUAAACUGAAAAUAUAAACAGUAAAUAUGUGCCUGACAUAACUUCCAUUUUUUAAACAGAAUUUUGUUUUUCAACAGUUUCACAGAUUAAGAAUGAAUCCUUUGAGAUAUUAAGAAAUCAUGUUUUAUAAAUUUUGUAAUUCAUA